AUGAACACUGAAACCGGAGCGAAGGAUGGACGCUCUUCUCUGCCAACACCAUCUCCGCCUGCCUCCAAACAGCGAAGUUUACCGAAUUCAGCAAGGUCAACACCGGCACCCUCACAGUAUGAAUGUCGGAGGGUAUUUGACUCCAGAGCGUCUAUCGUGCUCAUUGGGAUGCAUGGAACAGGCAAAGCAACGUUGGCUAUGAUGGCUUCGGUAGCCUGUCAGCGAAGGGUCAUCGACAUGGAGAGUGUCUUCCACUCUGCAACAGGCUUCUCGACCACUGCGUAUCGCAAACAAUUUGGAUCUUCAAACCGUAGUCUCAGGCAAGAAGAGAUCUUACGCGACACACUGAAAACUUAUAGCAGAGGCGCCAUCAUCGUCUGCAACGGAGGUUUUCCGUUGGAUAGCAGCAGCCAAGCUCUGCUGCACGAAUUUUCGGCAUCUCACCCAGUCAUUCACAUUACACGCGACGUGCGUAGUGUACGAGAGUAUCUUGAUACGGACGAAUCGAAAGUUCGAGAGCUGCUUGCUCUUAGCACUCCGGUUUUCCGACGGUGCUCGAACUAUGAGUUCUACAACAUCUCCGAAACGAAUGCAGCCCAUCUCUCAGUUGCACCUGCACAUCAGCCCUCUGUUCCUGCUUUCUUGACUCUGAAACGAGCCGAGAGAACGUUUUUCAAAUUUCUGGCUUUGAUACUAUCUCCCCAAAACACACACCGGAAGAUCAAAAGCGAUGCGCCCACGCUGGACCCUGGCCACUUUCCACUGUCCUACGUCGAUUUGGAGCUGAGAAAUUAUACUUGUGCUGUCCAAGUACAACUAUCCGAUCUUACGCCGGAGGAAGUCGAUAUUGAAGAGCUGGAGUUUGGCUGCGAUGCAUUUGAGAUUGCCACCGAACCAACACAGCUUACGGCGGAUCACGCUGAAAACAUCAGCAAGAGCAUAUUUAGAGUCCGGAGGAGUACCGUGACUCCGAUUAUCUUCCACGUCAUACCGCCUUCAACACGCGCCAGCCAUUCCACAUCUUCUUAUUUGGCGAACUUAUGGUAUGGCCUACGGAUGGCGCCUGAGUUCGCCACUGUUGAUCUGACAAUGGACGAGGAACUCAUUCGAGCGAUUGUUGCGUCGAGAGGAUCAACAAAGAUAAUUGGCCAUCUGCACGCAGCUAUGGAUUGGUACGAUGUUUUCUGGCUCGAGAAGUACGACACUGCAAUGCGCUUAGGUUGUAGCCUUGUACGCUUUACCAGGCCGGCAAAUUUCAUGGACGACAAUGCCGCGAUUCAAUCAUUCCGCAAUACCAUAUACGCCAAGUCACAGAGGAUACCCAUGAUAUGCUACAACACCGGACGCGCAGGUCGUCGUUCCGCUUGCUUCAACCAGGUUCUUACUCCUGUAAUACCAGAAAAGCUUCGAAAAAGUGCAAACUUUGAGACCAGAGCGCAAGAGAACCCAGAGACUUCGUGGCUUACUGUAACAGAGGCGACGCAUAUCCUCUACGCGUCUUUCACGUACGACCCUAUGGAGUUUUACAUCAUCGGCGCGGCAGCAGGAUAUAGCUUGAGCCCAGCUAUGCACAAUGCGGCAUACCGAGCCUGCGGCAUGCCCCAUCAUUUCGAUCGCCUUCAGACUGCGACACUGGAUGAGAACAUAAGGGAGUUGUUGCGGAAACCGAACUUUGGUGGUACUGCAGUCAGCCAGCCUUUCAAAGUGGAUGCUAUUGCGCUUACUCACUCCCUGAGUCGACAUGCCCGAGCGAUUGGAGCCAUCAACACGCUCCUUCCAAUCCGUCAUCUUAACAGCGAUGGAAGCAUACCCGAUGCGGAUGGUGUUGAGCUCUACCAAGAACGAAACCAAUCUGGGCCUGUCAAAGCACUGUUCGGCGAUAAUACUGACUGGAUAGGCAUAAGAUCCUGUAUACGAAGGGGGCUCUCUCCGGCUAACGCUGUUCGGCCCACUACCACCUCUAGCCUCGUUAUUGGGUCAGGAGGAAUGGCCAGGGCAGCGAUCUAUGCCAUGCUACAGCUUGGAAUCAAGAACAUUGUCAUUUUCAACCGAACAGUCCCGAAUGCACGGAAACUAGUCAACUACUUCUCUCAGCUAGCUGCAAGUCCUUCGGCAGCCAAGCUCUUCCCAUCAUUUGUCCAAGGAUCGCAACCCACAUUCCGCAUACUCGAAUCUAGGACUGAAGCCUGGCCAAGCGAUCUCCGCGCACCCACUGUCAUUGUUUCUUGCAUACCCACGCACGCCGUUGGCGAAGAGCCAUCACCCGAUUUCACGCUUCCCCUUCACUGGAUGCAAUCACCAUCAGGUGGUGUAGUCAUUGAGCUCGCUUAUCGUACUCUCAAUACGCCCUUGACGAAACAAGUUCGUGAAGAAGCAUCGGCCUCUUGGAUCUGUUUGGACGGCCUUGACCUAUUACCUGAACAAGGAUUCGCGCAAUUCGAACUUUUCACGGGGAAGAGAGCUCCGCGCAGAAUCAUGCGGGAAGAGGUAUUGAAGUGCUGGACCGACGAGCAAGGACGAUCAAAUCCUAAUAUGGUCCGAACACGACUCGAAGCCAUGGCAGAUGAACAAGAGCCAUGA